GAAGAUGGCGGAGGCUGCGGACACACCACAACACCGGUAUUUCUGUCACUGCUGUAAAAGUGAAACAAACCCCAAACUCCCGGAUUUCGUCUGCCCCAGAUGUGACUCUGACUUCAUUGAGGAGGUGACAGAAGACUCCAGUCUCCUGCAGAGCAGCACAUCUGUGGCCAGUGAAGAUUCCAACUCGUUGUUCUCAGAGUUAUGGCAGCUGCUGUUUAUGGAGCGGUCUGCUCUGCUGUUGCAUCCGCCCUCUUCAGAGUCCGACCCAGAUGACAGCGAGCAGGCAUCUGCAGGUCAGAGCCGCCCUUCUUCAGUGUCGCCGGGCGCUGCUGAGGCCGGGGAACCAGAGUCUGAUUCACGGCCUGAACAAGAGAGGUCAUCCAGGCCUGAUCAACGGCCUGCAGUGGAAGGGAUUGUGCAGCAGUUCUUGGCCGGCCUGUUUGCCAGCAACGGAAACCCCAAUGCUGCACCAGCUGCACUAUCCAGCAUGCUGCAGUUGCAUUCAAACCCUGGUGAUUAUGCGUGGGGUCAGGGAGGUCUGGACGCUGUCAUCACAGAGUUGUUAGGACAAUUGGAGUGCACAGGUCCACCCCCUGCUGAAAAGGAGAUGAUCUCAUCCUUGCCAACAGUUUGUAUCUCUGAAGAACAGACAGACUGCAGGCUGGAGUGUCCAGUUUGUAGGGAGGAGUAUUCAUCGGGGGAAUCCGUCAGGAAGCUACCCUGCCUCCAUUACUUCCACAGUGGAUGCAUAGUACCUUGGUUGGAGCUGCACGAUACCUGCCCAGUGUGCCGAAAAAGCCUUGACGGCGUCGACAACAGCCUCCCGUCCACAUCAGAACCCCCAGAAGCUCGCUCCAUCAGGACAGAGCAACAGGAGAGGCAGGCAAUCUGAGAAACGGGCCAAGCAUCUCUACCUCCUUUUCUGUUUUCAAGAGACGCUUCUCACCACUGACCUUUCCCUCCGCAACAACUGCUUUUAAAUAAAAUACAUUACAGGCAUCACAGUCAUAAUUUGCAGCUUCAACUUGUACUUUAUUCAAACUACGCUACCCACAAGAGCACCGUGCAGAUUGCAGACAAGACGUGGAGGUCAUGUGUCCUUCUCGCUACACUGGCCUCUUUAGUGGUUUCCUGAAUGACUGACUUUGAUGCCAUGAACUGAUCACCGCUGAGCUGCCUGUGAUUGUUAAAGUGAUGGGAAUUCACAGAGUUAUGAGGUUACACUUAUCAUCGUAUUAAGGCUCUUAGUAAGAUGAUUUUUUACUGAAGAAUAUUUUGUUUUUCCGCCCAAUCUGAUUCAGCGUUGAUCUCCUCUCUAUAAUAAAG